AUGGCGUCCUCAGCGUUGCCGUCUCGUAUUAAGAAAUCGUCGUGCCUGUCGCUCGAUCACUUGCCGGAUGACGUCCUAUGUACUGUCUUUCGCCUGCUGGACAAGUAUAGUAGCUCCUUCAACCACGCGUUGGUCUCGAAACGAUGGUAUCGCGUCGCUUGUCUCGCGCUUCCGUCAAUCUCCUUUCGCCGCUCUAUUCUAAUCGUCGAUUUUAUCCGAUCUCUUCUGAAGUUUAAGAAUCUGACGUCCGUAACUAUUAGAGGAUCCGAUUUCAGUGAGGUCGAUUAUGUUCUCCUCGCUGGCCUUGGUUCCGCCUGUCCCAAGCUGACGCGUCUUGAACUCUAUGACGGAAGCUACGAUCGUUCCCCUAAAACGACGAGCACGGGACUGGAUGCUCUGUUCACCGGUUGCACGGCGUUGCAAACCCUUGUCGUCGACACUUGUGAUAAGAUCGAACGGAUGCCGUCUUCUUUCUUCGGCUUGUCUUCCUUAACGGACGUUAAUCUCAAUUUCCGCCUGAGGGAGUUCCCGGACGAGUUCGGCGGGCUCAAAUCUCUCACGAAACUGAAACUGCAGAAGUUGCUCAUCAAGGACCUACCCGAGUCUUUUGGCCAGCUCACCGCCUUGACCGAGCUAGAUAUCUCCGAGUGCAUACUGCUGUACGGCCUGCCGGAUUCCUUUGGCAAUCUCCGCUCGUUGAAGAAGCUCACCAUUUACUACUCAAGGUCUUUUGAGGUUCUCCCUGAUACCCUCCGCCAGCUUCAGAAUCUCGAAGAGGUUACUUUAUAUGGCAACGAGUCCCUUUUGCAGCUCCCACCUUCCUUCUACCGCCUUCCUUCUCUCAAGGAUCUCAAGCUGUGGAUGUUGGAGGAUCUCAAAGAGCUUGAUAGCGAAGUGUCCAAUCUCGUGUCUCUGGAAGAAUUCAGUAUCGACAUGUGCUGCCGAUUCUCUUCGCUUCCUGCAUCCCUCUGCACGCUCCCCAAGCUCCGUUCCCUGGGGAUCUCCGGCUGCAAGCUUCUCACUCACCUACCGCAAAGCAUCGGCGAUUUAACCUCACUGGAAUAUCUAGCGUUAUGCAAGCUCAGAAACUUGAAGCGUCUGCCAGGAACAAUUUCCGAGCUAUCCAAUCUCCGGUCCUUCACCCUGCAGCAUUGCAACAGCAUCACCAACAUCCCUACUUCUCUAUUACAGAAAUCCAGGGGACUGCAAGAGCUCAGUACUCUUCCCCAGGAAUUCGGGAAUCUCUUGCAGCUGGAUCACAUGAUACUUUCCUCCUGGCCCAACUUGUCAGGGUUUCCGGAUUCCAUGUCCAAGCUGACGAAGCUAUCGAGCGUUGUAGUGGCUGCAUGCCCAGCUUUCAAGAAGUCUGCUGCUGCCGUUCCUGGGCUUCCGAAUCUGAGAAUCAAUCUGACAAGCGAUGACUGGGAUUGGGACAAGGAUGAAGAGGACGAGGAUGAAGAUGAAGAAGAUGAAGAGGAAGAGGAUGAAGAGGAAGAGGAGGAUGAAGAAGACGAGGAUGAAGAGGACGAGGAUGAAGAGGACGAGGAUGAAGGUACUGGUAGUUGGAUGCAUUGGAGGUAG